AUGUUGUCCACCACAAAAGCCAAGAUCUAUGACCGCUACAAUACGGAUCAGCCAGGAAAUGAUAUGAGGCCUUUUACCACCCUCCACCAACUUCCUACUCCCAGGCAACAUUUCGAAGUCGUAACACUCUAUGACGAGAAGUCUUGUACUGCUGUUGAAGACCCCGUCUAUCAUUACCGCCUGUUAGAAGACGGGCGCAUCAUGAUAUUUGCUUCAUGUGAUGCAGAGACAAAAGUCAAGAUCUUAUCACCUAUCUCAAUCCAAUUUCAGCUGCGUACCCUUCUGGACUGGAUCUCAAUAUCCAAUGUAUUGGAUCCUGUGACGGCCUUGUCACCUUCAGUCAUGUGA